AUGGUACGAACAUUAUUUGAUAUUAGUCUUAGCACAAUGUGUAGGACAUAUAUUAAUGGUGAUUUAACAUUACUUCCAGAAAAUUGUAAACAACGUUUAAUUGAAUUUUUUUGUUCACAUGAUCAGUUUUAUCAUGAUGACUGUGCCAAAUUAAUAUCAUCCCCAUAUUUUGGAAGCAAUUUAACAGAAAUUAAUUUUUAUUUAAGUGAACAAGUUAAUGAUAUGUUAUUAGAAAAUUUAGUUCAAAUGAAUAAUAAUUUAACAAAAAUAAGUAUAACAUUAUGUCAAAAUAUUACUGAUAAAGGUAUAUUAUCAUUAACAACAAAUCAAGGUAAAUUAGAAUGUCUUGAAUUGAAAUGUCUUAAUAAUCUUACUAGUGACGGUUUGAAGAAUGUUAAAUCACAAAGUCUUUAUACUGUUAAUUUAAGUGGAUGUACAAAGAUCACCAGCGAUGGAAUAUUUCAUUUGGCAUUUAAUAAUCCAAAUAUUACAAAAUUUUAUCUUAAUGAUUGUCGUUCAAUUGAUGAUCAGGCACUUUACGAUAUAGCAUAUGGUAUAGGAGAAAAUCUUCAAGUAUUAGAAUUAAAUUUUUUGCAGAAUAUGGAAGAUCCUGCAAAAUCACUUUUAAAUUUAUCGCAAAGAUGCCCACACAUAUCACAAUUAUCAUUAUGCCGUUUUUUUGAAUUUUCUGAUGAAGAUAAUCAACAGGAAUGUACAAUUGAAGGAAUGGAAUUAAGAGAAGUUGAUUUAUAUGGAAAUUAUUUCUUUACACUUCCUAAUUUACCAUUAUCCGUAACAAAAUUAAGUUUAUCUGUAUCAGGGGAAGAAAAUGCAACAAAUCUUGUUUCAAAAUUACUUAAUUUACCAUUUUUAUCAACAAUUCAUUUACAAUUAAAUUGUGAAGAAAUUAGUAAUUCUGCAAUUGAAAGAUGUAAUGAAUUUUUAAAAAUAUUUAUUGGUGGUCUUGGUAAAAAAAUUAUUAAUCUUCAUAUAUCUUGUAAUAGAAUUAUUGAUGAAGUCUUAUUACUUAUUACCAAUAAUAUUCCAAAUAUGACACAUUUGGCAUUAAAUGUCAAACAUAUUAAUUCAUAUCAUUUACAAAGAUAUUUUGGUACAAGUAAUAGAGCAAUAAUUUUUAAACUUCGUUCUCUUAAGUUAUGUCGUCUAAAAAUAUCAUAUAGAGCACUUUUUGCAAUUGCUCGUAAUGCAAAAUGUUUGGAAGAAUUUGAAGCAUCACAUAUGUUAUGUGUAGAUGAUCGAUUUUUAAUAAUUCUUGCACAAAAUUGUCGUUUUUUAAAAACAAUUAAUUUUAAUGGCUGCAGAUGGGUAACAGAUAGAGGGUUAAGUGCUUUGGCAAGAAAUUGUAAACUAACUGAAGUUCGUAUUAGAGCAACAUCAUGUACUGAUAAGUCAAUAUACUUAUUAGCUCAAUUUUGUCCAGAAAUUGAGUGGAUUGCAUACUCAGAUUAUUCAGGAAGACCAAAAUUUAGUGAUAAAGCUUUACAAUGUCUUAAAAAUGCUUGUGUACAAAGAGUUAUUUGUUAA